AUGUCUGCCAUUUUUAAUUUUCAGAGUCGGUUGACUGUAAUCUUGCUGCUUAUAUAUUCCUGUGCUUAUAUCCCAUCCUUGGCACACAGCUUCCUGGACAGAAAUAAAACUGGAUUGUUGGGUAUAUUUUGGAAAUGCUCCAGAAUUGGUGAACAGAAGACUCUUUAUGUUGCAGUAUGCUGUAUAGUGAUGGCCUUCAGCUUCCUCUUCAUACAGUAG